GGGCGGCCCCGCCGCCUCCCGGCCCCUCGCCCGCGGCGCCGAGCGAGGCUCUUCCGGGCAGCGAGGCCGGGGCCGGGGAUUUCGUGACAGCGGCACAGAUUCCAGGCCUGCAAGAGACAAGCCUCCCUGCUGCAGGGUCAUCAUUUCCAGGGGAGGAACACGCCAAAUAACUCCAAGAGCUUUUGAAGAUGGCACCAGAUAUCCCAUUAAAUAUUAACAUCAAGGAGCCCCGGUGGGAUCAAAACACUUUUCUUGGACGAGCCAAACACUUCUUCACUGUAACAGACCCCAGGAAUAUUUUGUUAUCUAAUGCCUCACUGGAAAAUGCAAGGAAAAUUGUGCAUGAUUACAGACAAGGUAUUGUGGCACCUGGCUUGACAGAAGAUGAGUUGUGGAAAGCAAAAUACAUCUAUGAUUCAGCCUUUCACCCAGACACUGGGGAGAAGAUGGUCCUGAUCGGCCGAAUGUCUGCCCAGGUCCCCAUGAACAUGACUAUUGUAGGCUGCAUGAUGACCUUUUACAGGACAACACCAGCAGUGCUUUUCUGGCAGUGGAUCAACCAGUCCUUCAAUGCUAUAGUAAAUUACACAAACAGGAGCGGGGAUGCCCCAAUCACUGUCAGCCAGCUGGGAACAGCCUAUGUUUCUGCUACCACAGGUGCUGUCGCAACAGCCUUAGGACUCAAUUCACUAGCAAAGCGCGUCUCGCCUCUGAUAGGGAGGUUUGUUCCUUUUGCUGCUGUUGCUUCUGCCAACUGCAUCAACAUUCCACUAAUGAGACAAAGGGAACUCCAGUUUGGAAUUCCUGUCACGGAUGAGGAUGGAAAAAGAGUGGGUGAUUCAUCCAAAGCAGCUCAGCAGGCAAUCACCCAGGUGGUGAUAUCCAGGAUUCUGAUGGCUUCUCCUGGCAUGGCAAUUCCUCCCUUCAUAAUGAAUACCCUGGAAAAGAAAGCCUUUUUAAAGAGAUAUCCUUGGAUGAGCGCUCCCAUUCAGGUUGGAUUAGUUGGACUCUGUCUUGUGUUUGCAACUCCCUUGUGUUGUGCACUGUUUCCUCAGAAAAGUUCGAUGUCCGUGUCACGCUUGGAGCCAGAUUUGCAAGCCAGGAUCAAAGAGAACAGCCCUGGCCUAGAACGCGUAUACUUCAAUAAAGGAUUAUAAUUCAAGGAAGGCAAAGUAUCGUUCAAGGAGAAACUUGUGAACUUAUUUUUUGAAUUGUGUGCCAACAGACAAGAACACGUCUUUAUCUUGUCCUUUUGUUAAACAACUUCGAUCAUCUGCAUUGUUUUACAGUUAAAGACUUUCCUCGGUGUAGUGUUUAAAUUACAUAAGGUCACUUUGUCCACUUUGGUAUUGAUUGAAAGUUUAAACAUACAUAUGCAGAGAUGUUUACAUAAGUUCUCAAGCAGCUACGAUAACAAUAAACAAGCGCACAAUGAAAACCA